GGGCUGCAGCUAACCAUACUUGAAGGAGAAUUGCCGCGUUCAAAACCCCUGGGAACUCGAAAAUCUCACUUCCGAUUUCAGAGCGUUUAAAACAACUGGAUACUCGGGGAAAAAACGAGCUCCAACUGGGAAAAAUAGUUUGAAAGGUCAUCCAAAUUGGGAUUUCAAGUCGGAAACUCGGGCAUCUUCCUAGAGCUCCGUCCUAAAGAUCACUGACGUCUUGAUUUGACAUAAUUUUUUCCCGAGUUCCCAGUUGUUUUGAACGCAGAAAAUUUCAGCCGUCGUCAUAUCUCGUGCCAUGACGUCAUCAGAGGAGCCCCUCCCUGUGUGUGGUGCCGCUUUCAUGACAACUUGGGAACUUCGAAAUCGGAUAUCCCCAACAUCCGGCUUUCAUGACAACUGGGAACUCGGAGAAAAAAAAACGAGUUACGACUGGGAAAAGUAGUUUUUUAACGGUCAUCCAACUCGGAAACUCUGGCAUUCAUUGAGCUCCAACUUUCCUACCUAAAGAUCACUGAAGUCACGAUGUUACCUCGUUUUUCCCGAGAACUCAGUAGUCUUGAACGCACCAUGACUAUUAUCGGAAAGUCGGGGAUUGUGAGUGUGCACUCUGGUGUCUUGAGUUUUUGUGUUUUCUUUUUAUAAGUCAGUUUGUGUUUUAACUUUACGCCGCAACGUGUUGAAAUAUAAUUUCGCAGUUAGUGCCAUAGUUGUUUAUUAACCUACACAGUUUGAAACGGCUUGAAAUCUGUUUGAAUCUACCUGGAAUAGGCGGACGGACCACCGAGAUGUAUUUUAGCUAACGUUAGCCUAGCCUAAAGCAGCUAACUAACCGGGCUAAUUUAUUUAGCCACUUCAACCUGGACUAUAACGUUAUCGUGAACAUAUCAAACUAUUUGUUUUUAGUGGACUUAUUUUCAAACUCGCUGCCCUUUUUGUUGAGGAUCCAACUUCACUUUCGGAGGCCAACUACCUACCUGUAACCUAGGAAGGAGAGACCGACAGAGAGAAGGAAAGUGCUGUCAUUGUCUGGUUGAACUGACCCAGUAUGUUGUCCAACACCGGGACCCAGCCUCUGUUCCCCCCGACCCAGGGCCAACCUAACCCGGUGGGCCAACCUAACCCGCUCCCUUCGGGUCACCUCCCACAGUUCCAUGUGAAACCGACCCUACAGAUCAAGAAGAACGCAAUAACGGAAGAGUACAAAGUGACCAGUCAGGUACUGGGGCACGGCAUUAAUGGAAGGGUACUGGAGAUCUUCCACAAGAAGAGCGGAGACAAAUACGCCCUCAAGAGCCAGAGAACCUACUGUAUUUAUCUAAGAGGCCCAAUGCGCUGCUGAAACUGACAGACUUUGGUUUUGCCAAAGAGACCACCACACACAACUCACUGGACACCCCCUGCUACACACCAUACUACGUUGCUCCAGAGGUGUUGGGACCAGAGAAGUAUGAUAAGUCAUGUGACAUGUGGUCGCUAGGCGUCAUCAUGUACAUCCUGUUAUGUGGUUAUCCUCCGUUCUACUCUAACCAUGGUCUGGCCAUCUCUCCUGGGAUGAAGAAGAGAAUCAGGAUGGGAGAAUAUGAGUUUCCUAACCCAGAGUGGUCCGACGUAUCAGAGGAGGCCAAGCAGCUGAUCAGGGACCUGCUGAAGACCGAGCCCACACAGAGGAUGACCAUCACAGAGUUCAUGAACCAUCCAUGGUUCAACCAGUCGAUGGAGGUUCCCCAGAUUCCUCUCCACACCAGGCGAGUUCUGAUCGAGGAGAAAGAUGCCUGGGAGGACCUCAGGGAGGAGAUGAAUAGCGCCUUAGCGACCAUGAGAGUGGACUAUGAGCAAGUCAAAAUCAAGACCAUCGAGGAGUCCUCCAAUCCCCUUCUGAUGAAGAGGAGGAAGAAAAUACAGUCCUCAGCCAAUCACACAGUCCCAGACACACAGACACCUGCCCUAUGAGACGUGCGCACACACACACACACACACACACACACACACACACACACACACACACACACACACACACACACACACACACAGAAAUAUACGCACACACACACACAGGGAUACACACAUCAUACACGCGUUGUAAAACGGAAGCAAUACGGUUUAUCGACUCACUGGUGAAUGGAUUUUCUUAAAGCAUAGAAGUUUAUAUUUCAUGACCAGUUUUAAUGUUUUUAAAAGCAUUUAUUUUGAUUAAUCAAUGUUUUUACCUAAUCGACCAGUCAGCUAUGUUCACCUUUUAAACCAGUCAAGAGAUUAUGAUAAGUGAGGAGGCGAACGUGUCCAAACAGACUUCCUUAUAUCAGUUAGUGAUCAACAAACCAUGUGUGUUAUUGAAAUGACUUGUGGGAAUGUAAACACACACCUACACAUAGAGACCUAUGACGUCACCUCCCGGCCACGUCCCAUUCAGAGGUCUAUGUAGUCACCUCCCGGCCACGUCCCAUUCAGAGACCUAUGAAGUCACCUCCCGGCCACGUCCCAUUCAGAGACCUAUGAAGUCACCCCUCGGCCACGUCCCAUUCAGAGACCUAUGAAGUCACCUCCCGGCCACGUCCCAUUCAGAGACCUAUGACGUCACCUCCCGGCCACGUCCCAUUCAGAGGUCUAUGAAGUCACCCCUCGGCCACGUCCCAUUCAGAGGUCUAUGUAGUCACCUCCCGGCCACGUCCCAUUCAGAGGUCUAUGUAGUCACCUCCCGGCCACGUCCCAUUCAGAGACCUAUGACGUCACCUCCCGGCCACGUCCCAUUCAGAGGUCUAUGAAGUCACCUCCCGGCCACGUCCCAUUCAGAGACCUAUGAAGUCACCUCCCGGCCACGUCCCAUUCAGAGGUCUUUGAAGUCACCUCCCGGCCACGUCCCAUUCAGAGACCUAUGAAGUCACCUCCCGGCCACGUCCCAUUCAGAGACCUAUGACGUCACCUCCCGGCCACGUCCCAUUCAGAGGUCUAUGACGUCACCUCCCGGCCACGUCCCAUUCAGAGACCUAUGACGUCACCUCCCGGCCACGUCCCAUUCAGAGACCUAUGUAGUCACCUCCCGGCCACGUCCCAUUCAGAGACCUAUGACGUCACCUCCCGGCCACGUCCCAUUCAGAGGUCUAUGACGUCACCUCCCGGCCACGUCCCAUUCAGAGGUCUAUGACGUCACCUCUCGGCCACGUCCCAUUCAGAGGUCUCAGACGUCACCUCCCGGCCACGUCCCAUUCAGAGGUCUAUGACGUCACCUCCCGGCCACGUCCCAUUCAGAGACCUAUGAAGUCACCCCCCCGGCCACGUCCCAUUCAGAGACCUAUGACGUCACCUCCCGGCCACGUCCCAUUCAGAGACCUAUGAAGUCACGCCCCAAUCAGAGACCUAUGAAGUCACGCCCCGGCCACGUCCCAUUCAGAGGUCUAUGUAGUCACGCCCCGGCCACGUCCCAUUCAGAGGUCUAUGUAGUCACGCCCCGGCCACGUCCCAUUCAGAGGUCUAUGUAGUCACCCCCCGGCCACGUCCCAUUCAGAGACCUAUGAAGUCACGCCCCGGCCACGUCCCAUUCAGAGGUCUAUGAAGUCACGCCCCGGCCACGUCCCAUUCAGAGGUCUAUGAAGUCACCCCUCGGCCACGUCCCAUUCAGAGACCUAUGACGUCACCUCCCGGCCACGUCCCAUUCAGAGGUCUAUGAAGUCACCUCCCGGCCACGUCCCAUUCAGAGACCUAUGAAGUCACGCCCCGGCCACGUCCCAUUCAGAGGUCUAUGAAGUCACGCCCCGGCCACGUCCCAUUCAGAGGUCUAUGAAGUCACCCCUCGGCCACGUCCCAUUCAGAGACCUAUGACGUCACCUCCCGGCCACGUCCCAUUCAGAGGUCUAUGAAGUCACCUCCCGGCCACGUCCCAUUCAGAGACCUAUGAAGUCACCUCCCGGCCACGUCCCAUUCAUGAACCACUGUCCCACAGUACAGGGUGAAUAGUUGAGUACAGUUCACUUGGCCUCCACCCAGCUUGCUGGCUUUCAUCCACAAUCCUCAAAACCACUUCCCUCUACCCCCUAUGCACUUGUGGAGAGCUGAUUCGCCCAGGGUACAACUGUUUAAGGGCAGAGACAAGGCAGCCAUGUUUCAUAAUGGAAUGCAGCCUGGAGGCCAUCUCAGCCUGGUGCUGUUCUCUGGGGGGUUUGUAGUCUUUCUAGUCUUUUCAGUUGUAGUUCUUAUCCUGGCUGCUGAAAUGUUAAGAAUCCCUUUCUGCUCAGACUUUGUACUGUGUGAAUGCUAUGCAGAGGGUUUCACCCCAAAACUACCUUCUAGAUCAUUUUGAUACGGCUUUGAUUUUGUGUAUAAAUAUAGUGUCGCAGAAUCGUCA